AUGACAGAGAUAUUCUUCUCAUCAGAGAUCGCAGACAAUGUUAAGGGGCGGGUGGUUGUUAUGACAGGUGGUGCUCAAGGAAUUGGAGCAUCUCUCAUUUCGCUGCUGUACGAGAGAGGAGCACAUGUUUACUUCGGAGACUGGGAUGAUGCAAGAGGCCAACAGCUCGCAGGCCAUCUCCAGUCGAGCAAGUCUUCGAGUGGCGGAUCGGUACAUUUCCAGAAGCUUGACGUCCGUGACUACAAGGGGCAACUACAACUCUUCAAGACGCCGUAUGAGGAAAAAGGUCAUAUCGACGUCGCAAUCUCUUCCGCCGCUGUGAUUGAGCCAAAUGGUUGGUUUGGCACAGAUCAACUGACCCUCGAGGCGGUCGAGACCGAGCCCGAACCCCUCAAGAACACCAUUGAUAUCAACUUAACAAGUGUUGUUCUCUUUUGCCGAUUAGCGAUUGCUUUCAUGAACCAGGAUAAAGAUCCCAAGACCUUGAAUGGUUUCUCUAAAUCUAUUGUCUUGCUGUCUUCUAUUGCUGGAAUAACCGAGGCAGCUGGUCUUUUUUCUUACAGCGCUGCAAAGCAUGGCGUUAUAGGGCUGAUGAGGUCUCUACGAGCGCUGGCGACAACCAAGUUCAACAUUCGCAUCAACACCGUGUGUCCCUGGGCGACGGAUACGCAGAUGAUAGAUAACGUGCGCUCCAUCUUUGAGAAGCAUCAACUGCCCUUCAAUACGCCCAACGACGUUGCGCAGUUCAUUCUUCAGCUGGCGACGGAUAAGAGUUUACACGGGAAGUCCGUUCUGGUAGCUGGUGGUAGAGGGUUUGAUACUGAGGAAGGCAUUGAUAGGACAAUGUCUGAGUGGUUCGGGCCUCUUACGGAGGAAUUCUGGCGCGGGCAAAAGGUCCUUGGCACGAUCGAGACAGCAAAAUUGCCCAAAGUCUGCCACCACUUCUCCGGCGAGAUCGGAGAGCUGACUGUGCAGUUCGUCAUGCUCGAUGGUAGUGCCGAGCUCCAAUCUCGAAGUUGUCUUAGAAGGUCUUUAGUCGAUGUCAAGCUCGUGUCCUGCUUGUUGUUGAGGAGAUAUGUGAUCUGUUCGAGUAUAACGCCCUCGUCUACAAAUCUGAAAGCUACUCAAGCGGUUGUUCGUUCUCGUAUCCGGCACCGAAAGGACUUAUCUCGUGAUGCUUCCGAGCGAAGCGAGCGUCCCCUUCCUCUCCGAAAUGCUGAAGCACAGUAUCACGGCUUUUCUCGUGCAACAAUCCAAAGGAUGAUAAAGAACCUUGAAGCUGCAAACACUACUGAUCUCAACGAUAUAGUUUCCAAAACAAUCGGUUGUCCAACAAUUCGGACAGAUGAAGAGGAGGAAACUAUCGUAGCUUUCGUGAUGUGGAUGCAAAGAUCAGGACUUUCUGCUUGCGAAAACAAAGUCAAAGAUACAGCCAACGCGCUGCGAUUCCGUAGGGAUCCUGAUGCGAAAAUUGUGAGCAGAACGUGGUAUCAUCAUUUCGGUGAUGCUCACCCUGACCUUGAUAAAUCGAUUCUGAUGUCGAUAGACAGGUCUCGCGAGGCGUGGGAGAUCGCAGGCUUUGAUCAUGUGAAGGAAUGUUUCAAACGACUCAUUGAUGUCGUCAUGAAGCUGUAA